AGGUAGAGCUUCUGUCGUAUGAUUAUUUAGAAUCAGAAGUUCUGAUUUGCGAGGGGUUCAAUUACUCUCUCUCUAACGUUUUCAUAAUCUCAAGAGUACUUAUCUUCUACAAAAGUUACGAUGCAUUCGUUGAUGCUUUCAUCAAAAUUGGCCGAAGUUCUGAUCUAUAGUGGAAAAACAGCAAGGAGUUUUCCACUAUGCAAAGCAUUCGUUUCAACGUCAAGGCCCUUACAGGGAAAAGAAGAGGCAGAGCAAUGCCAAAAGGUGAAAGAAGCAGCAGAGGCGGUGAAGGAAGGAGCACAGGCGGUGAAAGAAACCACCGAGUAUAUCCAAGAUGUCGCUUCUACUACGGCUAACCGUGUGAGUAAGAUGACAAAGGAUGUGACCGAGAAAGUUACUGAGACAACGGAUUCUAUCACUGAGAAAGCUAAAGGAUCUGUAUCUGGAGUUUUGGGCACAGCCAAAAACGCUACUGAUAUCAUCAAAAAUAAAAUUCUUGGUGGUGAUUAGUUAUACUUAUAAAUAUUUAAUAUGUUUACGUAUGUUUCAAUAAAAUUAGUAGUAUUCAAAAUAUUUGUAAACUUUAUUUGGCAAUGAAUGCUUCAAUGAUAUUUCUGACUA